CACACCUCAGACCAGUUAACACGCAGCAGUUUGUUCACCGUUCAGCGCGAGAUGCGGUCAAGGAGGCCCGCUAUUCAGCACUGAAUGGACAUGUAAAUGACAGAUUAUCACGCUUUCCCAGAUUUAUGUCCACUGGAUUUUCUGUUGAUCUGGCGACAUGAACUCAAGUGGCUUAUCGGACGACAAGCUCGCCGCUCUCUCUUCCAUCUACAUUUCUUUGCUUAGUUUAAGUUUGAUUGGGAGCUGCUCUAUUUUAGUGUUAUCUAUUGUUAAGAGAAGACAUCUCAAUGAACAGGCUAAACCAUUGUUCCAGUUGGCUCUGGCAGACUUCCUGGCUUCACUUGUUUUAAUUGGAGCUACCAUCAUCAACUUCCUGUCUUACACAACGAUACCCAUAAGUGAAGUCCUGUGUACUGAUUUACUGCCUUUGUCUCUGACUUUCUACUGUAUCUCUUUCCUUCUUGUCAUCAUUUAUGCCUGUGAGUCAGCACAUACUGCUCAAGGAUGGAGGGAGCAAGGAGAGGAAGAACACAGACGUCAGUCUCAGCGCAGUUGGCGGGCAUUUGAUUUUCUCUAUGUCAUUGUGUGGCUGAUACCCCUAAUAGGAUAUGUGGUCUACACCAGAACCAUGAGUCUGUCACUGGUGUCCUAUAUUCCAGCAUCUAAAGACUCCAAUGAUGGAGAAAAUGUGUGGACUGACACUAGAUUUUGCAAUAGCUGUAUUCUCUUCCUGCAACUGCACAUUGACAAUGAUUUCUGUCCUACUGUGGAUUCACAUCAUAACAAUUUCAUUAGGGGGUUUACUUUUGCGAGUGUGCUGUCAGUCUUAACAUGCUGCACAUUAGUUUAUUGGAGGUUGCAGAGCUGGUACAGACAUUAUGAGCAGGCUGGCAUGUUUAGAGCCUCACAAGGAUUUACAGGCAGAAUUUGGUCCUCAGCCCGCUACAUGAUUCUUGUCAUCAUCUUCUGCUGGACACCAGCUCUUGUUCUGAUAUGUUUAUCGUUUGCUUGCUCAGAGUCAGACAGACUGUUUCCUCUCUUUGUCAUUCAGGCGAUAUCAGUCUCACUGCAGGGGUUCCUCAACAGCAUUGUGUAUGCCUGGAGACGCCGCAACUUCAGAGAAGCUGUGCUCGGAGAGAGACUGCCUUUGCUGCCUUACGUAAAUAAAGCCUUUUUUGAACAAUCACUGAGUGAAACAAGACAUUGAAUUGUCUUUAAUUGUAAAAUUAUUCUCACUGUGUGAAUGAGGGAUUAUAAAGCUGAAGCAGAAUUGACAGUGUAGCACUUUUGUUUUUUAUUUGUUUGUUUUUAGUACUUUUGAAAUUUUUAUUUAUGGUUUUAAAGUAUUUGUAAUGUCAUGUGAUACCCUUUACUACUUACUGUAGCUUACCUGUAAAACAGUUUAACUCCAGUGCACCUGCCUGAUUGGAGACCAGCUUUGCAUUUUUGUGCUCCAGAUGUCACACUCCAGAUGUGCAGAUAUGUCUUCUGUCUCUCUGAUUGGGGGGAUAACAUUUGAGACUAUAAAAUGUAUUUUAUUGUAUAUUUUUAUUUAAAAAUGAUAAGCUACUGUAAAAAGGUGCAUGCAGGGGUGCACAACAUUUGUAAAGGGCAUAGAGUGUCCUGAUAAAGAUGACCAAGAGGCAUCUCUGGGAUUUAUCAGCUUAAAGGUGAGAGAAAUUGGACCUUGAACUGAGGUUACAUUUUUCAAAGAAAAAAAAUAAAGAUUUUUCUCAAUUAUCGGCA